AUGGGUUCUCUCCUGGAUUGUUUUCGCGGUUCAAAUGCACAACAAAACCAUCGUCCACAGAAUAUACCAACACCUGAUCUCGAUUCUCGUCGACAAGCAGCUGCUGAAGCCGCAAAUCGUCGUCUUGAACAAAUGGAAUCACGAGGAGUCAAUACAGACGAAUUUCAACGAUUGAAACAACGACAAGCCGAGCAGGAACGUUUACAACAACAACAUGACAAGUUGUCUAAACAAGGUGCUACCGAUGGUCUUCGAUGGCAAAUCAAUUAA